AUGCACGCCAUCACCCCAAUUAUCUCCUUCUCCCUCCUAUGGCUGGCCUCUGCAAGGCCAUUUGUGCCUGAUGCAGUAGAAGCCGCCGCGACGGCAGUGCAAUGCGACGCAAAGGACUUCUGCAGCGGCGUCCCCAGCCCUGCAGCAUCGGACCAGUACAUUUGCGGCGACAAUCGCCUCGGCCCAAUCGACCUUCAGAACAGGGAGAUCCUCACAAACAGUGUCCUGGGCCCUCUGCUCACCAGCUACAACCCCUUUGCCGGGAGCUGCCCCGGCGCCUUUCUGUCCGAGUACGGCGCAGACAGGGGGCUGAGGUAUCCCCAGAAGGAUGGGUUCCAGCUCGACGCAAACGGAGACCCCGUCAUGACAAACACAACUCUCACCCCAGGAACGCUGAUUGACCGUUUCGGCGCGGAUCGGGGGUUCUUCGUGGCCCCGUACGGCACCCCGUACGAGCAGCGAUCCCUCCCGCCCAUGAACUUGGCAAACAACCCCAAGUAUUCAGAUGGAACCCCGUACAACUUCCACGUCUAUCAAGUAAUCAAGGAGCUUGUGGUGCGGGAAGGGCCCAUCGCACCUUGGUUCGGGCAGCCCGGCAAGGGCACCCAGUACGUGCUGAGUACGAGCGUCAAGCAAGCAGUCGCGGACGGGUUUCUGGUUGAGACCUGCAGCCCGGGUAUUCAUGGGUGCGGAAACGCCCCCGGCACCAACGUCCCGACGCAGAUUCUCUGCAGCAGCAGCGGCAGAUGGGAGACUACCGGAGAGUGUGGCAGCGGCCAGUUUUGCAGGCUUCAACCUACGAAUCAGAUGCCGUCCUGCCAGGCCAAGAGUGUCGUGGCCAGGUGA